CGCGCGCGCGCAUCUCUUGCCAUUGUCCUCCUUGUUAGCUUCAACAGCCAUUUCAUUCAGCGCCGCUUCCUUCAACACAUCGUCCCUCCCUGUCUCCCAUGGCAUCAACUCAGUGGAUCUGAGCCUGCACCACCUACAUCUUCUCCCUAUGGAGCUUACAGACUUUAUUUGGGGCCUAAGCUUCUCCCUCUCCCCAUUCUAAGACAUCUUCCGGUGGAUGGGACCAAGAUGGCUUGAUUGCCACUGCUAUUGGAGCAGUUGGAUUUGGGGUGCUUGCUGGAGAAACCCGACAGAAGAAAUGUACUGAGCCAAAGCAGAUAUUUUGGAUCCGUUGGGAUUUGAGGGCAGACCCAGCUGGAAUGUUGUGUGAUCCAGUGCCUUGGGUUGCCCUGAUGAAAUGGUCCAAGAGAAGAACUGGUGAGAACCUGAUUUUUGCUGUAGGAAUGGAUCCUUCCGGAUAAUUUUUUCCCAUCUUCUUAAAGAUGCACACAUUUCAGAGUGGAAAUGGACUGAUCCAAGGGGGGGAUGUGGUAGGAAGGAAACCUAGCAGCUGGGAUUUUGCUGCUGACUGAGUGACUGGAGUGUCAGACUAGAUCCGCUUGAACUGAAUGGGGAAAAAGAUGAAGUAACCUUGGUCCAGACAUGGCAAAUGGGGAUCAGUUCAGCUGGAUGUAUCCUUUAACCUGGUGGCAGACUCUACACUCCAUUUCUACCGACCCUCCUCCUCAGCAAAGGCUGGUUCUGUCAUUCUCCUAAGCAUUAAUCACCAUGAUGAAAAGCUCGGAUCUAUCUUCCAGAUGCCACCAUACCCAGGCUGACUACAAAGGACAAUAGGGGGACUCAGGAUCAGGGCCUGCCAGAAGAGACCGAGGGGGAGGGGGCAAUCCCUUUGAGAUGACAGCUUCCCCAUUCCCAUUCCUUCCUGGGAGAAGGAAACAGGACUGGCCCUGUCUCCAAGGCAACAGCUCUGGGGCAUCCCUAGCCAGCCUCUCUUGAUAGGGUGUGAGCCGUGAGCAACCAGGACAGGAUAGGGCGGAUUGGUGGGACACAGGCUCCUAGCUCUCUUCCCCCCAGCCAGCUGCUUGGGGUUUCAUCUCUACCAUGGAUUUUCCAGACCAGAGGAGCUGAGGUGAGCAGGCCCAGUCACCAGCAAAACCGCAUGCUCAAAAUUGGUGAUGCAGGGCUGUUAUCUGUGGCCAUUCCACAUAAACUCCAACCCUUUUUUCUUUUCAUCUAUCCUACUGCCCAUCUCUCCAUCCACCCACUUACGAAUAUCUUUCAUAUAUAUAGACACACACACACACACACACACACACUGCCUAUGUCAUUCAUCCUGCUGCCUAUUAGUCACAAUAGGAAGCCCUUCUCUCCUCUUCCUCCAUCUCACUCUUCCUCUCCCCCCACAUACUGCUUCUUCAUUUCAUUCUUGUUCUUCAGAUGUCUCCAUGGAACCACCACCUGUUUCCUUUCUGCCUCUGUGUAUGGGGGGGAGGUGGGGGGAGAUGAUGCUUUUACCACCCCCAUGUGUUCAUGACCAAGCUAGGUGUAGGAGUCUUAUUCCAUUUUGCAAGAGCUAUAGCCACUCCACCUUCUUGCUGCCUGCUAGCUCCUUUUGUCUGCUCCGCCCUGUUGCUCCUGAACCCACACCUCCAUUCCAUGGUGGCUUCCCCCCUCCCGCUUAUAUGUAGCUCUUGAAGACAUGAGAAGAGAUGGAGAAAAAUCUUUAGCGGAUUUAGUCCUCAAGCACCAACAUCCCCCCUCCCCAAAUUUGUCAUUCAGGAAGCAUUCAUGUAGGAUAGGGUUUGACGGUAGUGUCAAAGUGAGACCACUUUUGUAACAACCCAGCCUCCAAUGCAGCAUCUGAUUUUUCAUACUCUUCUUCACUAUUGAAAUUUGCAAACUGAAUGCAACAAGAGGCCUGCAAUCCAAUGGGAUACAAAAAGAUGGAGUAGACUAUGGGCAGGGUAGUGAGGGUCUCUUUGUUCAAAUUCAUUUGGCCUUCUCUCAAAUUGGCAAGCAGUUAAGGGGCAAACUAUUCAUUAAUUAGGAUGGACUGUUCUGUAAAUAAGAAAUACAUUGUUCUAAACCUGGAGAAACUGAUGCGGAGCUAAUUCUCCUCCCCCUACAGCAGAUGCAUUAGUGUAAAUUAGUAGUAAGCUAAUUGUAAGUCAACAAUAUUUUAGUUGGAGCCAUUUGUAUCUUAAUCCCUAAAUUAGUGUAAAACAGAAUAGACUCUCCCAAAGAAAAGAAACUGAUUGCCUCUCACCCAAAUGUUAAGCUGGUAUGAAAUCAGUGGUAAUGCCAUUUGAGGUUAUGGGUCUGACUUGUUUGCAUUCAACUUGUUUGAAUUUCUAUUGGAGCCAAUUUACUAAUCCCAGCAAUUGUGCUUGUGUGAAUGAGUAAAUCCACACCUGUACUCAGCUGGUCACCUGUAUGGAUUACUCUCAAUCAGACAGGGAAGCUUUAUAUAGUUCCUUGUUUAGGCCUCAAAGUCUAAGUAAGACUGACAUAUAUGGGGAAGGCAUGAAAUAAACAAGAAAAUAAAUAAUAAAAAAGAAACCAGUGAAGGACAUAUUUGCAAGGCCAAGUAAAUAACUAGUAAAUUAGGAGGACAUUACUUCAUUGUGUAGAAUCUUAGUAAAUCAACUGUAAGCCUAUAGCAACUUCUGUGCUUUCAGUCACUGAAGUCAAUUGGUGCAAUUUCCUAGAGUAAAUAAAUCAGUUGACAUCUGUUAAAGUAAGAUACUGUACUAAUAAGUGCCUAAUCCCACUGUUGCCUUUAUUUCAUGAGUCAGAGUGCUUAUGCGUAUGAAAACUGGUAACAGUACAUUUACAAUGCCCCCCUUUAGCACUGGGGUCAUGGGCCAUCACCGGGCACGUCGCCGCUGACCCAGUUUCCCCCUUUCCUUCCCCCACCUAAAGAUGGCCAGUGCUAAUGAGACUGAAGAGGCCCACGGCUCAGCGCCCCAUGCAGCCUCCACUUAUGCCAAACUGCUGCUCCUGGGCCUCAUCAUCUGUGUGAGUCUGGCAGGGAACCUGUCCCUAUCGCUGCUGGUAUUGAAGGAGCGUGGCCUCCACAAGGCCCCCUACUACUUCCUGCUGGACCUGUGCCUGGCUGAUGUGAUCCGCUCAGCUGUCUGCUUCCCCUUUGUCCUCGUCUCAAUUCGCCACGGGUCUGCCUGGACCUACAGCGUGCUGAGCUGCAAGAUUGUGGCCUUCAUGGCUGUCCUCUUCUGUUUCCAUGCUGCCUUCCUCCUCUUCUGCAUCAGUGUCACCCGCUACAUGGCUGUGGCCCAUCACCGCUUCUAUGCGAAACGCAUGACCUUCUGGACGUGCAUAGCUGUCAUCUGCAUGGUGUGGACUUUGUCGGUGGCCAUGGCCUUCCCACCAGUCUUUGAUGUCGGGACCUACAAGUUCAUCCGUGAGGAGGACCAGUGCAUCUUUGAGCACCGCUACUUCAAAGCCAAUGACACCCUGGGCUUCAUGCUCAUGCUAGCUGUGCUGAUCUUUGCCACACAUGUGGUUUAUAUCAAGCUCCUUCUCUUUGAGUACCGCCAUCGCAAGAUGAAGCCUGUCCAGAUGGUCCCAGCUAUCAGCCAAAACUGGACGUUCCAUGGGCCCGGAGCCACUGGGCAAGCUGCAGCCAACUGGAUUGCUGGCUUUGGCCGUGGCCCCAUGCCUCCCACCUUGUUGGGCAUCCGGCAGAAUGCCCACGCUGCCAACCGGCGCUUGCUGGGCAUGGAAGAAUUCAAGGCUGAGAAGAGGCUAGGCAGGAUGUUCUACGUCAUUACUUUGCUCUUCUUGGUUCUGUGGUCACCCUAUAUCGUGGCCUGCUAUUGGAGGGUAUUUGUCAAAGCCUGUAGCAUCCCCCACCGCUACCUCUCCACAGCCGUUUGGAUGAGCUUCGCCCAAGCUGCUGUCAACCCCAUAGUUUGCUUUCUACUCAACAAGGACCUCAAGAAGGGCUUGAUUGCCCACAUUCCCUGCUGGAGGACAGAGCCUGAACUGCCCAGAGAGCCUUACUGUGUGAUGUGAGGAGUGCCAAGGGUUGGCUGGAAGGCAACUGCCUGUGCCAAACUGAAUUUGAGUUUUGUUUCUUUCUUUUUUAUACAUCACACAAGAUGCCAAACAAUGGGUCAUGCUGCUUCCCCUGCAGUUUUCCCCAGAGUACUUGGUGUCACACAUGGACUCUGUUCUUUCAGUUGUCCCAAGGCAAAUAUCCAAAAUCACUCAUUAACUAUAGAUGAGGUCAGAGCUGGAUUCUGAUCUCAGCUCCCAUGUGGUAAAUCCAGAGCCAUACGAUGACAGUAACUGGCUCCUAGUAGUAAUCCAGCCAGUUCUUAGAUGGGGUGCAAAUACCCUGGGGUUUCAUGGAGCUUUCCUCUUUUUAUAGUUCACCAACUCUGUCAAAUAGCCUAAGUAAAAACACCCCCAAAUUCCAUAGAACCAACACCCCAAAUGUCUGUGUCCAUUAUUUCAAAGUGUUCGAUCUAGCUACUCUCAAGGUGUGUCUGGCAUCACUGAAAGGAGGCUAGAAUCAGACUUUGGAAUUCAGGUUUCCCAGAGUGAAGCCCAAGUCAUCCUAUUCACUGGAGCACAACUACUUUAUGCUCAGCAGGGUUGAUUUGGCUUUCCAUCUGGAGGGUGUUGGUGGAAGCACAGGGGUCUGAUGAUGGAAUCUGCUGUGUACAAGAUUAAUGUUCUUGUCCAGUCAUUCAAUCCAUCAAUUGCACAUGGUCUCAGAAUUUAAGGGGUGGGGUGGGAAUUCUACAAGAACAAGAAGGAUGGAGGGGGUGAGGAGGA